AUGUGGCUCUUGGCCUGCCUGUGCCUUGUGCUUUGCUUCCUGGGAGGAGUGCACUGUACCUGCCCCUCUCAGUGCUCCUGUGAGCAUCACGGCAGACAUGACGGCUUAGGAUCAAGGUCAGUGUUGUGUAACGACCUGGAUAUGAAUGAAGUCCCGACAAACUUCCCUGUGGACACCUCGAAGCUUCGCAUAGAGAAAACCGUGGUCAGCAGGAUCCCUGCUGAGGCCUUCUACUACCUGGUGGAGCUUCAGUACCUCUGGCUGACUUACAACUCAGUGGCCAGCUUAGAAACCAGUAGCUUUUAUAACCUAAAGCAGCUGCAUGAGUUGCGUUUGGGUGGGAAUUCUCUGACUGCUUUCCCUUGGGUGUCUCUGUUGGACAUGCCCCACCUGAGGACGCUAGACUUACACAAUAACAGAAUAACCAGUGUGCCAAACGAGGCAGUCAGAUAUCUGAGGAACCUUACCUGCCUGGAUUUGUCAAGCAACAGACUGACCACACUGCCACCAGAUUUCCUGGACAGCUGGUCUCAUUUAGCGAUGACACCUUCUAGAAUCCCAGACCUUCCAUCGAGAAGAAUUAUUCUUGGUUUACAGGACAACCCUUGGUUCUGUGACUGUCACAUUUCCAAAGUGAUCGAGCUGUCCAAAGUCUUGGACCACACUGUUGUACUUCUUGAUCCUCUGAUGGUCUGCAGCGAACCCGAGCACCUCCAAGGAAUCUUGUUUCAGAGGGUGGAGUUGGAAAAGUGUCUGAAGCCAUCUGUGAUGAUGUCGGCUACCAAAAUUACGUCUGCUCUGGGCAGUAAUGUUCUGCUGAGGUGUGAUGCCAAGGGCUACCCCACCCCUCAGCUGUUGUGGACCAGAUCCGACAGCUCUCCAGUUAACCAUACAGUCAUUCAGGAGUCUCCAGGAGAAGGAGUCAGAUGGUCCAUCAUAAGCCUGACAGGCAUCUCCGACAAGGAUGCUGGGGAUUACAGAUGUAAAGCCAAAAAUCUGGCAGGGAUGUCGGAAGCUGUGGUGACUGUGACAGUUGUUGGUGGUGUUACAACCACCCUAUCACUAGAUACUUCAGAAAGAAGCCCGGGAGAGCACUCUGAACAGCAAUAUUCCCAGCCGGGAUUAGGAAGAUCAACACCUCCAUCUAAGUCCUGGUUAUCGCCGAGACUCUCUUCCGCUUCUUCCCACCCCACCCCCUCAACUGCUCUCUCUACGUCUACAUUGCCUCCUCCUCCCUCCUCUUUGCCUCCCAUCUUCUCAGCUGCUUCUGCAACCACCAGUGUAAAAUCCAGCAUCUCAGGAAGCACCAGCAGCACUAGUCACCAGCCACCCCAGUUCCAAUCCAGUAGGAAAAGCAAUACGAAGAUAGAGAAGAACGGAAGGAAGUUUCCUCCACUCAGCGCAAGUAAGAAAGAAGAGUUGGCAUUGUUGGACCAGGCCGUGCCAACGGAAACAAAUGUUACUAUCAAAGACCUCAGGGUGGCCCGCGAAACGGGCGUGAGUGUGACCCUGACGUGGAACAGCAGCAGCAGCAACACACAGGAGUCCGCUGUGACUGUGCUGUAUUCUAAGUACGGUGAGAAGGACCUGCUGCUAGUGAAUGCAGACUAUGGCAAGAACCAAGCAACCAUAAAUGGCCUGGAGCCGGGCAGUCAGUACGUGGCAUGUGUCUGUCCAAAAGGAAUGGGCCCCCGGGAGGAUCAGUGUAUCACCUUUUCUACCAACAGGGUAGAGGGGCUUGACUCACAGUGGUCAUUACUCAUCGUGGUGACCAGUACUGCCUGUGUGAUUGUCGUACCCCUAAUUUGUUUCUUAUUAUACAAAGUCUGCAGACUGCAAUGUUCAUCAGACCCUUUCUGGGAAGAUGAUUUGUCAAAAGAGACAUAUAUCCAAUUUGAGACCCUGUCACCCAGGUCACAGAGUAUAGGGGAGCUCUGGACACGGAGGCACAAAGAUGAUGGGGAAAAGCUGCUGCUAUGCUCCAGGUCAAGUGUAGAGUCUCAGAUGAAUCUUAAAAGCGACAGCUGUAGAGCAGAGUAUUAUGGCUGA